AUGUCUCAUUCCGCUUCCAGCCAGGAGCACAUCGCAAGCGCGGCCCUCGGCCAGGGCGUCGGCUACGGCAUCGUGCUGGGUCUCGGAGGCGCCUUUGCACUAGGCAUGAUACUCGUUACCUCCAUCCUGCGCCGGUACAACCGGGAGCUCCAGACGUCCGAAAUGUUCAACACGGCCGGCCGCACCGUCAAAUCGGGCCUGGUCGCAUCUGCAGUCGUCUCGUCAUGGACCUGGGCAGCCACGCUGCUCCAGAGCACCGGCGUUUGCUACCGCUACGGCGUCUCGGGCCCCUUCUGGUACGCUUCGGGCGCGACCGUCCAGAUUCUGCUCUUUGCCACGCUGGCCAUCGAGCUCAAGAGACGGGCCCCCAACGCCCACACGUACCUCGAGAUCAUCAAGGCGAGAUACGGCACCUUCGCCCAUAUGGUCUUCCUGGUCUUUGGCCUGGCCACGAACAUCCUCGUAUCUCUCAUGCUGAUCGUCGGUGGUUCCGCCACUGUCAAUGCCCUGACCGGCAUGCACACGAUCGCUGCGAUUUACCUCCUCCCCAUCGGUGUCAUCGCAUACACACUCGUCGGCGGCCUAAAGGCGACCAUCUUGACCGACUGGAUACACACCUUCAUUCUGCUGAUUAUCAUCAUCGUCUUUGCCCUGACCGCCUAUGCCUCACACGACGUCUUGGGCUCCCCGAGCGCAGUUUACGAUUUGCUAGUGCAGGCAGCUGCCAGGCACCCUGUCGACGGUAACAAGGAUGGCAGCUAUCUUACUAUGCGGUCUCGCGAGGGCGCCAUCUUCUUCGUCAUCAACAUUGUUGGUAAUUUUGGCACCGUCUUCCUUGACAACGGCUACUACAACAAGGCCAUCGCCUCCUCUCCGGUCCACGCGCUCCCCGGAUACAUUCUCGGCGGCCUGUGCUGGUUCGCCAUCCCCUGGCUUACCGCCACCACCAUGGGCCUGACUGCCCUGUCCCUGGAAAAUACCCCUUGGUUUCCGACAUAUCCCGACCGCAUGAGUGAUGCCGAGGUGAGUGCCGGCCUGGUUCUGCCGUACGCGGCCGUCGCACUCCUCGGGAAAGGCGGCGCCGUCGCCACUCUGCUCAUCGUCUUCAUGGCCGUCACCAGCGCAACCUCGAGCCAGCUGAUCGCCGUCAGCACCAUCUGCACCUACGAUCUGUACCGCACCUACUUCAACCCCACAGCCAGCGGCAGGCGCCUCAUCUACAUGAGCCACGUGGUUGUGGUUGGCUACGGCAUCUUCAUUGCCACCUUCUCAGUCGGCCUCUGGUACGCAGGCAUCUCGAUGGGGUAUCUGUAUCUGAUGAUGGGCGUCAUCAUCUCCUCAGCGGUGCUCCCUGCGGCGCUCGCCUUGAUCUGGGCCGGCCAGAACAAGUGGGCGGCGUCGCUCUCGCCGAUCCUCGGCCUUGCCUGCGCCCUCAUAGCCUGGCUCGUCACCGCCAAGAAGGAGUGCGGUGAUCUGGGCGUGGCCUGCACAGGCUCCAACAACCCCAUGCUGGCGGGCAACGUGGCCGCCCUCCUCUCUCCUCUCGUGCUGAUUCCUAUCUUCACCGCCAUAUUUGGCAUCGACAAGUACGACUGGAAAUCCAUGAUGGAUAUCCGGAAAGGUGACGACCAUGAUCUCGCCGAUGCUGCGGGCCUCGACAUCGAGGAGAUCCCCGGCGGCCAUAGCGAGACACGCGUCGAGUUCGAGGAGGAACAGAAGAAGCUCCAGCGUGCGGGGAAAAUCAGCAAAAGCACAACAGUGGUUAUGACGCUGGCGUUUCUGGUCCUAUGGCCAAUGCCCAUGUACGGCUCCGGCUACAUCUUCAGCAAGCCGUUCUUCACCGGCUGGGUCUCCGUGGGCAUCAUUUGGAUCUUCUGCUCGUUUAUUGGCGUUGGCCUGUUCCCGGUUUUUGAGGGCCGCCGCACGCUUGUUCGGACAGUCAAGAGCAUUUACCUCGAUCUCGCCGGCAAGUCGCACCCCAAAACGAUCCAUGCGCGGGUCGCCGAUGAGCAGAAGUCACCCGGCGACGCCACUCCAACGGAGAAGAGUGACCCAAAAGAGUCGGUUGGGGCCGCAUAG